AGGCCACUGUAUUGCAGACUGCCAGAGCGGAGCAGGCAGGAUCUGCAGCACAAAGGGGAGGCCCUGCUUGCUCCUCCUUAUCUGUGUGCACAGGGGCUGGCACAGUGUGUGUGUGAGGCAGUAACAGCUGGGAGAGUCCCACUGUGUCUCCUGGCAGGCCAGAAAGAUUCUGCUACUCUGCCCCAUUGGCACUCGCUUACAUUGUAGCAGGCACCAGGCACCAGGCACCAGGCACCAUGCCUGCAUUACUUCUCAUCUGCAUAGGUCUCCUUACUCUCACUCUCCCCCCUGAGGUCUCAGGAGCUUCAGAAUCCUGCAGCUCACAGUGUGGGGAGAGACUGCAAUCCUGUUCCUGUCACACAACCUGUCAGAAGCUGCAAACCUGCUGCACAGAUUACCACCAGUUCUGCAUCAGCAUCAGCCCCCAUUCUGGAACAUUAAUGGGAGGCAAAGAUUUCAUCAUUCUCAAUCUGACAUUUAGUCCCAACUCUACCAUUAUCUGCAGAUUCAACAAUGAGACAAACACUGAAGGUUACGUAGAUGCCGCUGGCAUUGCUCACUGCAUUUCCCCAUUGCUGCUGGAGACGGGGCGCAUCUCUCUAACUGUAUCCCAGGAUGGAGGCCACAAUUUUACAAGAUCCGGAACAUGGUUAGCAGUUCAUCACAGCAAAGCAUCUGUGGCUGAAAAGAGUGUGCAGCUUGAUUCCAAGAAAUGGCAGUAUUAUGGAACCCCUGGAUACAAUGGAACCCUCUCUUUGAUCUGGAAUGCUAAAACUCUUCCUUCUGAGAACAUCAGCAUAGAGGUCUGGGGCUACAGUGAAACAGGAACUCCAUACAGUGACACCUGGAGGGCUGACUGGAAAUAUCUCUACACACUGGCCCCCACUUAUCCCAACAGUGGUACCUUUACCUUCACCCCAUCUCCUGCUGAAGCACCAUACAACCAGUGGGACGUGGGAAUGCUGAGGAUCAUUCCAAGUGAUAAACCUCAUGGACAGAUGAAUGUGCAUGCCAUAUGGAGCCCAGUACAUGCCUUAGCCUGGCACCUUGAAGAGAGUUUCAGAAAUGAUUCUGCUGCCUGGGCAUCUGACAAGUGUAUAAGCUGGCGAGAUGCUGAGAUCAAUGCCCUGCCCAACUUCCUGAAAGAGACCCCAGACUGUCCUUGUACUCUGGAUCAGGCCAGAGCGGAUACUGGUAGAUACCAUACUGAUUAUGGAUGCGACAUUGAAAAAGGCAGUGUGUGCACAUAUCACCCGGGGGCAGUCCACUGUGUACGGAGCAUCCAGGCAAGUCCUCAGUAUGCUUCGGGGCAGCAGUGCUGCUAUGAUUCCACUGGAGCUCAAGUCCUCACCUUUGACUCUACAGGGGGCAGUACACCUGAUCGAGGACAUGACUGGGGUUCCCCACCAUACAGAAAACCCCCCAGAGUACCGGGUUUUUCUCAUUGGAUGUACGAUGUGGUCACUUUCUAUUACUGCUGCCUAUGGUCUGACAACUGUCAAUACUACAUGGAUUUAAGACCAUCCAGUGAUUGCCGUACAUACAAACCUCCAAAGGCUGCCUCUGGUUUCGGUGAUCCCCAUUUUGUUACAUUUGAUGGUUCCAAAUACACCUUCAAUGGAAAAGGAGAAUACACACUGGUGUCUUCAUCCCACAAGUCACUAUCCAUUCAGGCUCGGACAAAGGCUUUUACAGUUACCAAACCAGAUACUGGUAACUUUGGCCAGAUAAAUGCGGAAAUUCAUUUUGAUGAUAGAGCAGACAGAUCUGAGGUACAUGCAGCCGGCUUAUGUUCAGUGGCUAUGCAAGAAGACGACUCGGAUGUUAUUGAGGUGCGGGUGAAAGAUGGGUCCUCACAUGAGCUGGAGACUCUGUUGAAUCAAGAAGUAAUAAGUUUUGAGGAACAGAGCUGGAUGGACUUAGUAGGAGUUUUUGUGUACUCCGCUAUCAGCUCUAAUGUCACUGUAAUGUUCCCCUCUGGAGCUGGAAUAGAAGUGAGAAGGCGAGAAGAUUUUCUGAGUGUAAAUGUACUUCUUCCUGAUGAUUUCAUGAACCAAACACAAGGGCUUCUGGGAGUGAUGAACAACAAUCCAGCAGAUGAUUUCACUUUCAGGAACGGCACAUCCUUACCACCUAAUGCCACACCAGUGGAGCUGUUCCAGCUUGGUGCUGACUGGGCAGUAACAAACGAGAGCUCACUCUUUACCUAUGAUUCACAGGAACUGAUAAAUAACUCUCAUGUCAAGCAUGACCACACGUUCCAGCCUACAUUUUCAUUUGAAGAAAAUCCUAGCGAGCCUCUUUUGGAGUUGUGUGGUGAUGAUGAAUUCUGCAGGUUUGAUGGCCUUGCCACUUAUGAUCUCAAUGUUGCAAAUGCCACAAAAAUAUCCUUUCUCGUCCAUUCAAAUUUGGUGAAGAAUCUUAAGCCAGAGGUCUCCUGUGGUUGGAUAGCUCCUCCAGAAAAUGGAGAAAAGAUUGGCACUACCUACCUGGCUGGGUCAGUUGUCCAGUUUAAAUGUAAUGCAGGGUUCAUUAUGAAUGGAACCAAGCUAAGAACAUGUCUGCCUGAUGGGACUUGGUCAGGUGAUGCAGCUCAGUGCCUUGUAGGAUCCAAGGAUUCUUGUUCCAGUCAGUGCGGGGUGAUCCUGCAGGAAUGUUCAUGCCAUGUGACCUGUGAGAAUCUCGGAACCUGCUGUCCAGAUUACCGCACCUUCUGCAUCCGCAUCGCACCGGAGUCUGGCUUGCUAAUGGGUGGCCAGGAUUUUAUGGUUUUAAAUGUUUCCUUCAACAGAAGUUCUGAUGUAAUAUGCAGGUUCAGAAGUGAAAUACUUACCGAUGGGUAUGUGGAUAAAGACGGGCAUGCACACUGUAUCUCACCACUCCUGUUAGAGACAGGGCGGAUUUCCUUAGAAGUAUCUGCAGAUGGCGGACACAGCUAUCCAUUCUCUGGCACAUGGCUUUCAGUACACCCUGGAAAGGUUAUGGAGUCUGAAAAAUGUACCUUGGUGAAUGAAACAAAAUGGCAAUAUUAUGGAACCCCGAAUUAUGAUGGAACAUUGACUGUAAAAUGGGACUCAGACACUUUUGAAGAUAAGUUCCUCAACAUUGAAGUCUGGGGAUAUGAAGAAACAGGAGAACCUUAUUCUAGCUCCUGGAGCGGCUCUUGGAAAUAUCUGUACUCUCUAGCUCGCGGCUUCCCCAAUAAUGGGUCCUUCACCUUCUGCCCUCAGCCAGCUAAACCUGAGCAUAGUGCGUUUGAGUUUGGAAGCCUAAGGCUUACACCAAGUCAGUACGGAGAAGGACAGUGGAAUGUCCAUUCACUGUGGAGUGUGGACCAUGCCAUGGCCUGGCAUCUUGGAGAAGACUUCCGCAGGGAUUCUGCUGCAUGGGCACAAGACAAGUGUUUUAACUGGCACCAAAAUGAUAAGAAACUUCCUGAUUUUCUCUCUGAGAUUAUCGAUUGUCCCUGCACAUUGGCACAAUCCAGAGCAGACACCGGCAGAUUCCAUCCAGACUAUGGAUGUGAUAUCGGGUCGGGCAGUGUGUGCACUUACCAUCCUGGAGCUGUUCAUUGCGUGAGAGGGAUCUAUGGCAGUCCCCUAUAUGGAGCAGGACAACAGUGCUGUUAUGAUUCCAGGGGCUUUCAGGUCCUCACAAGUGAUUCUGUAGGGGGCAGUACCCCGGACAGAGGCCAUGACUGGGGAUCUCCCCCAUACAGAAAACCCCCCAGAGUACCGGGCUUCUCUCACUGGAUCUAUGAUGUCAUAACUUUCUACUACUGCUGCCUGUGGUCAGAUAAUUGUCAGAAGUACCUAGAGCUCAGACCAUCCAGCGACUGCCGCUCCUACAAGCCACCAAAAGUCGCUUCUGCUUUUGGGGAUCCCCACUUUCUAACCUUUGAUGGUGCCAAGUUUACUUUCAAGGGUAGAGGAGAGUACACUCUGGUCACAUCUCCAUACAGCUCUCUCAACAUUCAGGGCAGAACACAGGCUGCGCUUUUGUCAAAUGGAUCUACUGUGCCAGUAACAGGUUUUUCCUCCAUUGCUAUGCGGGAGGGGGAGUCUGAUGUGAUCGAGGUGCGCCGAGCAGCAUCUUCUGAAAAACUAGAGGUUCUUCUAAAUAAUGAAGUGGUGCACUUUGAUCGAAGCUGGAUAGAUCUCAACGGAGUGUUUUUGUUUUCUGGAACAAAUGAGAACGUAACAGUGAUGUUCCCAUCUGGCGCUGGAGCAGAAGUGAGAGGAAGGGAGGGCUUCCUUGGUGUCACUGUGCUCCUUCCUGAGGAGUUCAUCAACCAAACCCAAGGUCUCCUAGGUGUGAUGAACUACAAUGCCACAGAUGACUUCAGCUUUAGGAAUGGUACUACACUGCCCCCAAAUGCUACUCCGCAGGAGAUUUUUGAGCUUGGCGCUCACUGGGCAGUUACCAAUAGUAGUAACUCUCUCUUCACCUAUGACUCAAAGUUUUUGAUAGAAAACUAUCAAGGAAAACCACACGACCAAGACUUUGUGCCAAUCUUUAAUGUACCAGAAGAUCCUACCGAUCCACUAAAAGAGCCAGUGGACACGCUGUGUGGCUCUGAUGAAUUCUGCAGGUUUGACGCCCUCACUACAAGAGAUCUCGCCAUUGGGAAUGCUACCAAGUUAUCCCAUGACAGUCACAAGGACUUUGUGAAAAGCCUGCAGGCAGUGGUCUCCUGUGGCUGGAUUGGAGCUCCGGCAAAUGGGAAGAAAGAAGGGACCGGGUACCUGAAAGGCUCAGAGGUGACAUUCUCUUGUAACAGAGGAUAUAUGCUAUCUGGGUCAUCAACAAGGACCUGCCAACCAGAUGGGAAUUGGAGUGGUCAGCUUAGCCAAUGUGUUACAGAUAAUAUACUUGGCAUUGUGCUCGGCAGUGUGUUUGGAUUCCUGACUCUCUUGAUCCUAAUUGUAUUGAUCGCCCUACAUGAGAGAAACCGCAAAAAGAAGAAAAAAUCACUCCCUCCCGUGACAUUCCAACCAUCCAAUGAGCUAUAGGGAAAACCAUCCAGUCAAAAGGCUUUUGGGACUUUAUGGCAGACUCAUCUCCACAUGUUUUUCCACUUAUUAUUUAAAUGUCCAACAUUUCAGGGAAUUUUCAAUGUGCUAACAACAAUGUUGCCUUUAAUAUUAUGUUAUAAUAAAAGCCAUGGUCCAGCACCAAGUGACUUCAACAAAUGAAGACAAAUUCGAACUCAGGUUAAAGAAGAAAUAAAUAUCCAUUUCACUGAGAA